AGCCUGCGAGUUCCGGAAGCCUGUGUAGCCAGGUUCUGGUAGGAAAAGCCGAGCUUCCUAGAGUGUUUCCAAGAAAGUUCGGUGGAGCGGGGCGCGUCGCGGGCUCCUAAGGUCAGUGUCGGCCCGAGGAGCCACAGAGCAGCCCGAGUCCCUGACCAGUAUGAGGCACAGAUUUCACAGAAGAACUUGCAGCUGGUCCCCACUGCUAUCAGCUUAGAAGUCUGACGGAGCUCCAGGAAGGGGGGCAGAGCCCUGUGGAGAAGACAUGGCCCCCAGAGAAGAGAAGGCGAAGAGCACACACAGGGUGCUCAGAAUAAGUCAGCUGGAUGCACUUGAACUGAACAAGGACCUGGAGCAGCUGGUGUGGUCCCAGGUCACUCAGUGCUUUCAUGGAUUUCAGCCAGGGCUGCUCGCCCACUUUGAACCCGAGCUGAAAGCCCUCCUGUGGCUCUUCUUGUGGCGAUUCACUGUGUACUCCAAGAACGCCACCGUGGGGCAGUCAGUUUUGAAUAUUCAGUACAGAAACAACUUCGCCACGACCCUGAGAUACCAGCCCCCAAGUCGAAACCAGAAGCUCUGGUAUGCUGUCUGUACCAUUGGUGGCAAGUGGUUAGAAGAACGCUGCUACGAUUUGUUUCGAAACCACCACCUCACCUCAUUCGGGAAAGCCAAACGGUGCAUGAACUUCGUGGUUGGACUUUUGCAGUUAGGGCGGCUGAUUAACUUCUUGAUUUUCCUCCAGAACGGCAAGUUUGCGACUUUGACGGAACGUCUGCUGGGCAUUCGUUCUGUGUUCUGCAAGCCCCAGAACAUGCGCGAGGUCGGCUUUGAGUAUAUGAACAGGGAGCUGCUCUGGCACGGCUUUGCAGAGUUUCUCAUUUUUCUCUUACCACUCAUCAAUGUCCACAAAUUGAAGGCCAAGUUGUCUUCAUGGUGCAUCCCUCUCACCGGCGCUCGUAAUGGUGACAGUUCGUUAGCCAGCUGCGGCAAGCAGUGUUCUCUGUGCGGGGAGUGGCCCACCAUGCCCCACACGAUAGGCUGUGCGCACGUCUUCUGUUAUUACUGUGCAAAGAGCAGUUUCUUGUUUGACAUGUGCUUCACCUGUCCUAAGUGUGGCACAGAGGUACAGAGUGUGCAGCCCCUGAAGUCAGGGAUUGAGGUGUCCGAAGCGAAUGCUCUUUAGAAACUAAGUUUCUUUUCUCCGCAGAAAACUAUGUUGUACAGAAGUCCUUCAUGUUAGUCAUCCUGAGAGGACCACGUGUGUUUUACGAGAACAUGUGCUUCUCGGCCACUGUGUUCUGUUCCUUGCCAGGCAUGACUAAAAGCUAAUCACUGGAAUCCACAGGACUCUAAAUAUAUCCUAUAAAUGGUCAUGUAUUAAUUCUUUAAUGAUUGCAUUCGGUUUUCAAUGUCAAGAAUAAUGGACAGUUUUGGUCACAGGACCACUCACAGUGCUUCUUCGUUGGCUACUUCCUAGAACAAAGUAGACUAGAAAGGAGGUUCUGGAGACCCUGGGUGGGCGUGCCUUUCUUCUCAAAGAGGAACUACAGCAGCACCUCUGCCAGUGAUCAGACCCUGUUGUUUGCAAUCUUCUCAUCGGGUGGUCCCGUUGUAAUCGUAAGCUUUCUGUGAAGCCAGUUUGCAGGGGCUCGUCGCUCCCUUCUCAGGCUGGUGGCCACCGGAAGCUGAAGGCUGUCCUGCGACUGACUCCACUGGACACGAGCUUCUGGCCUGAUGGCUCAGCGAAGUCUGGGGCUCCUGUCGGUGGUCGCCGGGGACUGUGUUCCCACUCCUGGACCGGGAUGGAAAAAGCUCCCGUUGACUCCGAUAUGGGUGACCUCCCCUCACGUAAACCACAAGAACCUAAAGUAGGAGAGGGGACAGGUCACCACAGGACACCGAGGUGCUGGUACAGGAAUGGUGGGUGAUGGACAGGUAGACCCCACAGGUCCCUGCAAACUUGCUGUUUUCCUUCUUAGUACCCAAAGAUCUUACUAUUUUAUCAGUGAUCUAGUUUGAUAAGGACACUAAUAAGUAACUGGGUGGUAGUCUUCGAUUGCAGAGUUGAUUAAAUAAAGUCGACAAGAUUUUGCU